GGUUUCUACACUUACCGCUGUAAAUCAUAGAGGGCAUAACGAAACUUGUGAUUUUUUUGCACGAUCGAUAUUCUAGAACAUGUGACACAAAGUUCCAUAAAGUGUUAGGUCUGUCCUGUAUACAUAUCUGGUUUGUGUUAUAACAUCACAAGUUGUUUAGUCAGUCUGUAGUGUAGUUGCUGAUCAUUUUACUACUACAACGAUGAAUUUCUCUCGAUUCUUGGUAAUGGUCUACUGCGCAACCGGCAAAACUGCGUUGACGAAACUGUAGUUACCAUUAUCAAUGCGAGAGAGCGUUCUAUCGUAUAUUAGUUGCUCAGCUGUUUUGAAGAAUCGACGCAGCUUAACAGUGAUUAUCCGUAACGCAGUGUAGAAUUGCUGCUUUCACGUCCAAACGCAAACAGAUGUGGAGUGGCUGUCCAAAUUUUUGACGUAUCUCGUUUACGAUUCUCUGAACAAGCGAAUACAAUUUUUCUAUAGAAUUUUUAUAACACCAGCGACCGUGGGGAUCACAGUUGAUCGUGUCAGAGGUUAGAGAGAUCAAAAGAAAAAAUAAAGAAAUCGCCAUGAGCGAGUUAAGCCAAGAGGAAGUAAGAAGAAGACGUAUGGCUCGUUUAGCGGGCUUAGACAGCUUCAGUUCAACAGUCAAUUCAAAUCACAAUAAUGAUCCAGUUUCUCCAAAUACACCGGGUCCAUCUAAAACAUUUACAGAACAAAUAAUAUCACCACUGAAACAACAACAAUUUCAAAAUCCUGGAGUACCAAUGGAGAUAGAAGAAAGUAAUAACAAGCAAUGUAGCAGUUCUGGUGUUGAUAUAGAUUCAGGGAUUGAAAAUAUGGAAGUUGAAGAGCCUGAUAGAAAAGAAUUAAAACCAAGAUCACGCACUACAAGUUCCAGUACAGAGGUAACUACAGAACAAAUACAUGCAGUUAUAUCACGUGUACUACGCAUAUCGUGGAAAGAACCAGCAGAGGGUUGUAUAUUUUUACCACAAACAGCAACAUAUGCGUUAUCAACAAAACUCGUUGAUGCCACAGAGAUUAUAAAUCAAGCAUUAAUGGAGGUUUUAUGCAUGUUUAUGAGGGAUGAGGAUCCUUUAAAAGAAAUUAAUAUAGACACCUCCUCGGAUAGGGAAGAUAGUCCAAAUAGUCAAACAAGUCCAUUACAAAGUCCGGUCACAACAUUUUGCCGUUGUGAUAUUUGUUGUAAGUCGUCGCAACCUAAAAGUCUCAUUUAUUUACUAGACUGCUAUUCAAGAGUUGCGAUUGAAGAACGAAAUCACCCAAAGAAAUCGAGUACACCACCACUGUCUGAUGUACUAGCUGUUCUAAGGGCACAGUGUGUUCAGUAUUCCAGUCUUGUACUACAAGGCCUAGUUGGUAUUUCUCAGUCUUCAACCACAUACCCGUUAUCCAUGACACCUCUUCUGUACCCAGUACUUUCGCAAAGUUUACCUCGUGGUUAUUUACACGAGCUUGUUGCGAGAACGCACACAAAUGCAGCAGUAUGUAAUAAAAUUUUUACACCACUCUUACAAGGCUUGUAUCUUUCGAUGCAGCAAGCCAGUUUAAUUAGGAAUACGCAUCGAAGACCGAUUGAAGCAUUAGAAGAGUUAAUAGAAAUUUGUUGUGGACCGAGUAGUAAUGUACGACCAAUCUGUCGUUUAAUCGUUCAUCAAAUUCAAUUUUUACCUGACAUUAUGACGUCGGCCGCUGGUAAAGAAAUUACAACAACGUCUCUCCUUGGACCGUUUUUGUCGGUUUCUGUGUUCGCAGAGGAUCAACUGGACAUGGCUGAAACAUUCCUCAGUGGUAAUCUGUUCGUCAAUAAAUCGAUAACUUUAACGUUACAACAAGAAUUAGAAAGUAUCAGAACAUCACUCCAUAAGAUAUUUCAUGCGAUACUCGCGAGUAGUAACUGCCGUGAAGCUAUGUUAACAUACUUAGCAACAUUAUUACGUUACAAUGAAAAACGUGCUCAAAUACAAACGGAAGAAUUCUCUCUUGCCGGAGACGGAUUUAUGCUGAAUCUCUUGUCGGUGUUACAAAAGCUUUCUGUAAAAAUUAAACUGGACACGGUAGAUCCAUUGUAUCCGUUUCAUCCAGCAAGUUUUAUUGAAAUAAAGAACGAUACAAGGCUGAAACUUACGUGCCAAGAAGUUACCGAUUGGUUAAAACAUUUAGAAAGGACACACAAGUGGGUCGAGCCAAAGUUUCCAACACAAUGUUGGUUCCUUACUCUACAUUGUCACCACAUAGCGUUGUUACCGGCUUUACAGAAAUACCAGAGAAAGCUGAGGACUUUACGUGAUGUGCAAAAAAUGCUCGAUGAUCUACAAGCUACCGAACCGCAAUGGAAAGACAGCCCUUUCGCUAGCCGUAAUAAAGAAUUGAUAGAACGUUGUAAGGAACAAUUGAAACAUCUUGGCAAAUCUAAAGUAUACACAGAUGCUGGAUUAAUUGAUCCUGUUUUAUUGAGAAGGUGCUUGCACUUUUACAUAUCUGUAGCAGAGAUUCUGCUAAGUUUAUUGACACAAACUUCACCAGGAAAUCCUAUUCCCGAACUGCCUUUGCCUCAAGAGGUUCCACAAAAGUUCACAGCAUUACCAGAAUGGUAUGUCGAAGAUAUUGCAGAAUUUAUACUAUUUACUCUUCAAUUUUGCCCUGGUGUGAUAAUAAACAACAUGGAUAAUUCACUCAUUACAUGGUUACUUGUAGUAGUAUGUACUCCACAUUGUAUACGAAAUCCGUAUUUAAUAGCGAAAAUUAUUGAAGUAAUAUUUGUAAUAAAUCCCAACGUUCAGGGACGAACUGAAUCACUCCACGAUCAAGUAAUGGCACAUCCUAUAUCAAAAACGUUAUUAGCAUCAUAUUUGAUGAAAUUUUACACUGAUGUCGAAACGACCGGCUCUAGUUCAGAAUUUUAUGAUAAAUUUUCGAUUCGUUAUCACAUUAGUUUAAUACUGAAAUCUAUGUGGGAUAGUCCAGUCCAUCGCAAGUCGAUCAUUGAUGAAAGCAAUAAUGGGAAUCAAUUUGUGAAAUUUAUUAACAUGUUAAUGAACGACACCACAUUUUUACUUGAUGAAAGUUUGGAAUCGUUAAAGCGUAUUCAUGAAAUUCAAGAACUAAUGUCAGAUCUUAAAGCAUGGUCAGCGUUAUCCCGUGAACAACAACAUUCGCGGAUGAAACAAUUGGCUGCAGAUGAGAGACAAGCCAGAUCUUAUCUCACUUUGGCCAAGGAAACUGUUGCUAUGUUCCAAUAUUUAACAGAUGAUAUUACAGAACCAUUUUUGCGGCCAGAGUUAGUUGGAAGAUUAUGUGCCAUGUUAAAUUUUAAUCUACAACAAUUAUGUGGUCCUAAAUGUAAAAACUUAAAAGUAAGGAUACCACAAAAAUAUGGGUGGGAACCAAGAGCUUUACUAAGUCAAUUGGUCGACAUAUAUCUACAUCUUGAUUGCGAAAUUUUUGCCGCUGCUUUGGCUGCCGAUGAACGUUCAUUCUGCAUGGAGCUAUUUAUUGAUGCCGCAAACAAGUUAGAAAGAUCAGUAAUCAAAUCUAUCAUAGAGAUAGAAAGAUUUGUAGCGCUUGCGGAACGUGCUGCAGAUAUAGCAAGGGAUAAUCGUGCGCGUGAUGCAGAUUAUGGUGACGCACCGGAAGAAUUUCGAGACCCACUUAUGGACACACUCAUGGAAGAACCUGUUAAACUUCCGUCUGGUAUAGUUAUGGAUAAAGCAGUUAUUAUUAGACAUCUUCUCAAUAGUGCUACAGAUCCUUUUAGUCGACAACCUCUCAGCGAAGAUAUGCUUACACCAAUGCCCGAUUUGGAGAAAAGAAUAUCAAUGUGGAAACAACAAAAGAAAAAAUCGACAAAAAUAUAAAUUGUGAUCCUAAUACAAUAAUCAUUUUAUGGAAGCAUCACGAUAUUGUGUAGUUAAUAUUACUACAUGAUAUAUUGUACCAGCCCAUAGAUGUAUCACUCUGUGGUAAAUGAAUACAGUGCAAUGAUCUCGCUAAUGUGCAAAUAUUGCACUCAAUAAAUUUACAGUUUUAAUACAUUAAAACGUUAAACAGACUGCAGCUAGGUAACCGCCUGCACAUUACUCUUAAAGAAAGAACAGAUACUUUUAAAAAACUUGUAAAUAAUUGCUGGCUGAUAACAUCAGUAUCCAGAGAAAUUAAAAUCUUAUUUACAAACUUAGCACUUGUUCCUUUGUACGUUUUAAAUAUACGAGACUGCGAAUGAAAAAUUACAACAUAUGAUCGAUUAUAAGAAUAGUAAGUUAAGCAGAGUAGAAACAGGAAAGGUUAAUUAUUUAAACCCUUUCAUUUGAAAUUUGGUAAUUUAUGAACGGAUAUAAAAAAAAACAUUAUUUGAUGCAAAAUUUAUGUAAAUGAUUUAUACAAAAUAUUUAAAAAGUUGUUAUAAAAGCUUCUUUUUAAACGUUAACACGUAUUGCAUGAUGGAGAAAGAUAAUUUGCAGCGAUUAUGAUUCUUUUUAAAGAUGUACAUGGUAAAUGUAUCAUGCGUAUUCCUUCAAUAAAUUUCAUGAGUAAAGAUCUGUAUCUGUGUA